ACUUUGGUGAAGACUGCAUGAUCCAACACUUCUAUAGUGUUCGCGCUCGAAUUAUCAAGCGCACUGGAAGGAACAGUUGUACAGUCAACAUUUGCUGAUCACCUAGUGCACACUGCGACUACACUGCAAGAUAUUUAUGCUUCUCUACAAUUUUUAUGCUAAAUAUUCUGUGUAUUAUAAACUGUGAUUUUUGUAAAGUUCUGCAAAUCACUAAUAAAUCAAUUAUCGGAUUUUUAAACAGAAGAUCGCAAAAUGAUGAAUCUGAAGAAAGCCGCACGUAUGAUUUACGAUUUAUUUCUAUUUAUCGGUGCAAUGAUAAUUUACAUUAUUAAAACCGUGAUAUCAACGUUAAUUCCUCACCGAUAUCGAGCAAAAUUGAUCAAAGAUGAAAUUGCUCUAGUUACGGGUGGUGCGAGCGGAAUUGGCAAAUUAAUCGCAAUUAAACUUGCCAAACUUGGUGCGCGUGUAAUUAUCUGGGACAUCAACAAAAAUGGUCUUAUGGAAGUUGCGGAGGAAAUAAAGAAAGCCGGUGGAAAAUGUUACACAUAUUAUUGUGAUAUUGCUGACAAAGAAGAAAUAUAUCGCAUUGCCAAAGUAGUACAAAUCGAAGUCGGAAAUGUAAGUAUGUUAGUGAAUAACGCUGGGUAUGUUUAUGGAAGAACUUUUAUGGAAUUGCCAGAUUGCGAAAUUGAACAAACAUUUAAAGUAAAUAUCUUAUCACAUUAUUGGAUUACAAAAUCAUUUUUAAAAGAUAUGAUGAAAAAAAAUCACGGUCAUAUCGUGACAAUAGCAAGCGUCACGGGACUCAUAGGAACUUAUAAAUGUACGGAUUAUUCUGCGACAAAAUUCGCAGCCAUUGGAUGUCACGAGAGUCUUUUUACCGAGCUAAAAAUGCAUGGAUACGAUGGAAUUCAUAUGACUUUGGUUUGCCCUUAUCUCAUAAAUACGGGAAUGUUCAAUGGAGUAAAUCCCAGAUUGAUGCCGAUGCUUAAACCAGAAUAUGUUGCUGAACGAGUGGUCGCGGGUGUAUUAACGAAUGAGAUGUUGAUAGUGUUGCCCAACUUCAUAAAAUAUUUUUUACCAUUUAAAUAUCUACUCCCAAUUAAGAUAUGUUGGGCAUUAAUGUAUCACAUUUUGAAAGGACCACAAAUUAUGAUGACAUUUAAAGGUCGUGAAUCAAGGAAGACAUCAGAUGAUAAUGAUAGUCUAAUACAUUAUAAACAUAUAUAUGAAUAGUAAAGA